AGGAUUUCGCACUCGAGAAAACAUUGUGAUCAGAAUCAUCUGUUUCACUUUUUCACAUCGAAGCGAGGUAAGGAUGUGGGCCCUUCACUUGGCUGUGAACGUUGCCUUCGUGGCACUGGUUUUAUCGACGUGCGGCGUCAAUGGUGAGAGAUUCGUGCAGCCAGCGGCUGGUGCCAAGCCGCAUAUCGUUAUGAUCCUGGUGGAUGAUUGGGGAUGGGCAAAUGUUGGCUAUCAUCGACAAACUCCAACCAAGGAAGUGCAGACACCCAACUUUGACUCGCUCUGUAAGCAAGGCAUUGAAUUGGAUCAGCACUAUGCGUACAAGUUCUGCUCGCCUUCUCGAUCAUCUCUAAUGAGUGGACGACUACCCAUUCACGUCAACAUCCUUAACGCUAGCCCAGACAUUCACAAUCCGGAGGAUCCAGUGUCUGGAUUCGCGGCCAUUCCUCGCAACAUGACUGGUAUGGCAAGUAAGCUGAAGUCUGCUGGUUACGCCACGCACCACGUUGGAAAGUGGGAUGCUGGAAUGGCCACACCGGAUCAUACACCAACUGGCCGAGGCUUCGACACGACAUUUGGCUACUUCCACCACGAUAACGACUACUAUACAGAAAAGGUGGGAAAAUGUAUGUAUGACAAGCACAUGCAUUCGGAUAUAACGGACCUCUGGAUGACGGACGGACCGGGAGUGGGUUUCAACGGAACUGUGUAUGAAGAGGAGAUGUUCGGGAAGCAUGUGAUGGAUAUUCUGUCCAGCCAUCCAGUGGACACCCCUCUGUUGCUCUACUAUGCUCCACACAUUGCUCACACACCGCUUCAGGUGCCACAGAGCUACAAGGACAAGUUCAGCUUCAUCGAUGAUGAAACUCGGUUGAUAUACCACGCCAUGGUCAACUAUCUGGAUGACGUCAUCGGAAACUUGACCAAAGCGUUGCACGAUCGCAACAUGUGGAAUGACACACUGAUUAUUGUCAGCAGUGACAACGGUGGACCAGAGUAUCCAGGUGGUGGAGCCAAUAACUUCCCACUCCGAGGUGGAAAGAUGUCAAACUGGCAAGGUGGUGUUCGUGUCAAUGCAUUUGCAUCCGGUGGUUUGAUCCCAGCAUCUAUGCGUGGACAAAAGUAUGAUGGAUAUGUAGCCCUGGCUGACUGGUACGCUACAUUCUGUUCUCUAGCUGGUGUGGACAAACACGAUGCUAGAGCGGAGGCAGCCAACCUUCCAGCAGUGGACGGUCUGGAUAUGUGGCCAGUGUUGUCUGGACAGAAUAUGACAUCACCGCGUACGGAGAUCCCACUCAGUCCGGGACUGAUCAGCGGAGACUACAAGAUUCUCGACACUAAGAUGUUUCAGGCAGGAUGGACUGGACCACAGUAUCCAAACUCGACUAACCCGAGAGGUGGGAUUGAUGCAGUGAUGGACUGUUCACACACGCCAUGUCUGUUUAACAUCAAGGAAGAUCCAGAGGAACGUACCAACAUUGCCGGCAGCCAACCCGACAUCUUGAAGCACAUGCAAGAACGCUGGUCAGCCUGGAAUGCAACAGCAUUCAAUCCACAGCGUGGACGUGCAUGGCCAGAAGCCUGCCAGACAGCUGUUGAGAAGUAUGGGGGAUAUUGGGGCCCUUUCUUGCCUUAAACUAACCUCUUUUGGAACACAUCCAUUAUCGCCUUUUCUAGCUUUAUUUACUCCGCAUCACAUUUUACUUUCUUCUCCCAGGUCCCUGCUUCCCCUCCCCACCACCACCAACACUACCAUCACCACACCCGCACAGUUUCCACGGUUUAUUUGAAAGCAUUUCUCUUCAUUUUUUCUUCAAACGUUUCCCGUUUGCGUCUUUCCCUCAAACCAAUGGAUAUUUUAUGACUUGGUGUUCCCCGUGUGCUA